GGCAGCCUUGUGGCGAGUGUUGUGUUGUGGGUGUGUGCGUGAGAUACAUAGAGAGGGAGAGGGAGGGAGAUUCCAGCAGGGGAGUCCCAGUGAUGCAGUCAGUCUCACAGCUGCGACUGUAACCAUCUUCCUCUACUCUGGGUCUGGAUGCUGCCAGAGUGCCGGGGAUAUUCUUGCUGCUUGAGUCUCCCUGUACUCACAGAUCCGCGGGCUGCCCCAUGGGUGUGGGCACGGUGCCGGGAGAUGCCGAUACACUGGACCAGGGGUCGUGGGACGCUGAUACCGAGGAGGGAGUGAGCGCCGGUGGCCGCAGCUCCCGGACAGUCGGCGAGAGAGAGGGGAAGGACUGGCGACUCCCCGAGGCCGGGAUGGAGGGAGAGGAGUGCAAGAUCAGCGUGUGGGUCUGUCAGGAGGAGAAGUUGGUCUCCGGCCUGUCCAAACGCACCAGCUGCCAGGACGUGAUCGCCGCUCUGCUGGAAGAGGCGAGGCUGAGUGACCUGUUGUCCGGUGCCCCGGACACCUACUGCCUGGUGGAGAAGUGGCGAGGCUUCGAGAGGACUUUGCCCAACAAGACCAAGAUGCUGAGACUGUGGACGGCGUGGGGAGAGGAGCGGGAUAAUGUCACAUUCGUGCUGGAGAAGACGCGAGUGGCGCUGGGCAGGACGGGGCCGAGGAGCGCUCAGGCCAAGGUGGUGAACAGCAAGGGCAACCCGUGCAGGGUGCGGGCAGCGGCGGGCAGCAGCAUGGCCAUGUCCCGGGACAAGCACAGGAGAGUGGUGAGGAAGGCGUUCAGGAAGCUGGCCAAGAUGAAGCGGUGCCACAAGCAGGGGAGCGGGACACAGGGGUGGAGGAGCGGGGAGCGCAUGGAGACCCUGGUUCACCUGGUCCUGUCUCAGGACCACACCAUCCGCCAGCAGAUGCAGCGGCUGCGGGAGCUGGAGCGGGACAUCGAGCGCUGCGAGGCCAGGGUUCACCAGGACAGGAUGAGGGAGCACGGAGCCAACUAUGUGCAGGACACGUACCUGGAGGGAGGGAGCGGCGGGGCCCCGGGGCCGCGGGGGGAAGGGGAGGAAGGGGCCGAGUGGCCGGGGACUGGGGUGGACGGGGUCCCGCUAGAGGCCGGGAGGCUCCGGGAUGAGCUGGACGCCAGUGUGAGCGCCGGGCGGCGUCUGGCCGGCGAGCUGGAGACUUGCGCCCUGGAGCUGGAGCGCAGCCGGGCUGACCGUGAACUCAGGCGGGGAGAGAUGGAGAGGUUGUUGCGGGAACUGCGCCAAGCGCAGCGGGCCGGCCAAGACCCCCAGACCCCGGGCCAGACCCCCACAGGCUGCCCCGCCGCCACCGCCACCGCCACCGCCACCGACGACUCCGACACCGGCCUCAGCUCCAUGAACAGUCUGGACUCUGACCCGACCCCCGUCUCUGAAUCCCUCGUCUAGUCUAGACCCCACUCACCAAACCCGGGGAGGCGGACAGAUCCCGUGUUUGUGGACUGUAACUUGUCGCUGUUGGUCGGGUCAAUAGAUGCUGGAAAUAUGAACUAAAAACAGAAAAUGCUGGACACAAAAACCCAGCAGGUCGGGCAGCAUCUGUGGAGAGAGAGAGAGAGGGAGAGAGAGAAGGCGUUAACGUUGACGUGGUAAAGAAGGUUUCCUUGCUUGCAUCCGUCAGGGCAUUGAGUUUAAGAGUCAGGAAGUCAUGAUGAAACAAUGUGGGACAUUGGGGAGGCUGCUUCUGGAGUACAGUGUGUAGUUCUGGUCGUCCCGUUACAGGAAGGCUGCGGAGAGAGAGGUUUACUAGAAUGAUGCCAUUGAUUAGAGAAUAUUAGUUGGACAAACUUGGAUUGUUGAACCUGGAUGUUGGGGGGAGAGAGAUCUGAUGUAAGUAUUUACAAUGAUGAGAGACAUGGAUCGGGUAGACAGUCAGAUCCAUUUUCCCAGGGUCCAAAUGUCAAAGGCUAGAGGCCAUCGCUUUAAGUUGAGAGGGACAAAGUACAAAGGAGAUGUGCAGGGCAAGAAUGGCGGGUGCCUGGAACGUGCUGCCAGCGGUGGUGGUGGCGGAGACAGAAGAGACAGUGGCAUUGAAGAGGCUUUUAGAUGGGCACACGGACAAGCAGGGAAUGGAAGAGACAUGGAUCACCUGCAGACAGAGGAGAUUAGUUAAAACUGUACUAUUCCAUGUUCUACGCUUCUGGUGAGAAACACUCAGCGGGUCAGGCGGCUUCUGAGGAGAGGGAGAAACAGAGUCGAGGUGGAAGACCGCUGUCAGAAUGUUUCUCUGCAGGAGCAAUGCGGGGGAGGAACAGAGAGAAUGGAAUGGAGUUCUUACAGGUAGCAGUGCGGGUGGAUGUGGAGUCACGUGAGUGGAUGGAGUCUGCAGGUUUGUGCCUAGACUGCGAUGGAGAGAAAGGGAAGAGUCAGUGAGUGAUGUGUGGGGGAGAGUCUGGGACCAGAGGGCACGGAAUCAGAAUCAAAGGGCGCGCCUUUAGAAUGGAGAUGAGGAGCAAUUUCUUUAGUCACAGGGUGGUGAAUCUGCAGAAUUCAUUGCCACAGAAGGCUGCGGAGGCCAAGUCAAUGGAUGUUUGGUUAGUACCCGCGUCAGGGUUAUGGGGAGAAGGCAGGAGAAUGGGGUUGUGAGGGAAAGAUAGAUCAGCCAUGAUUGAAUGGCAGAGUAGACUUGAUGGGCCGAAUGGCCUAAUUUUACUCCUGUAACACAAACUUGCGAUGGACGUGAAAUUGAGGGCAGGACAGGUUAAUCGGCUUUGGUAAAAUUGUAAAUUGUCCCUAGUGUGUAAGAUAGUGCAAGUGUACAGGGUGAUUUCUGGUCAGCACGGACUCGGUGGGCUGAAGGGCCUGUUUCCACGCUGUACAUUUAAAGUCUACAGUCUAUAAAUUGGCAGCAACUGUGAGCACACUGAGGUGUGUAGGAGUGCUGGAAGCCGUCUGUAUGAUGCUGGGCCAUGGACUGGAAUGUCAGCUCCGUUUCUCCCUCCACACCUGCUCCCCAAGCCGCUGCCAGCAUUCCCUGUAUUUAUUGCACUUUGUUGUGCUCCAGGUAUUUCAGCCAGAGGGAGGUGUUUGGGGUUCAGUUUAACCCUACGCCUCCCCAAGUCCCCAUGUCCCCAACUAGUGGGCAGCAUUCCUCGCCGUGCCUGGGCUUUCAACCCCACUCUCUCCAGAACAGGGGCAUUAAACUCCAGGCUUGACAGGGGUGUGUAACACUGUCCAAGGCAUUGACAUCAGCCACGAGCCCUCCCGCCCUCACCCAGCGACUGUGACCUUGUCUGGAGGGAAAAACUCAAAACCUCUGGUCAACAGUUUGCCCACAGACCACACCUGGCGAUGAUCCCGAUUGUUGUGGGAUCUUGCUGUGCUGAAAUUAGCAGCUGUGUUUCCAUUGGCCACCCAUCAAAUGUCUCUCGUGGGGUGCAGGGUCUUGGACUGCCUGGAGGUCAAGGAAAGGUUCCAACAAAAAGCAAGUGUCUAAAUCCUGUGAUUUCAUUGCCACGACUGAACCGUUCCCCUUCUUUGUUACAAUUUCUAUCCAUCAGCCAUUUUAGUUUAGUCGCGAGAAACAUCGCGGAAACAGGCCCUUCAGCCCAUCGAGUCCACGCUGACCAACAAUCACCCGCACACUAGUUCUAUCCUGCACACUAGGGACAACUAACCCACAAACCCGUAUGUCUUUGAGAUGUGGGAGGAAACCGAGCACCCGGAGAAAAUCCACGCGGUCACCGGGAGAAUGUAUAAACUCUGUACAGAACAGCACCUGUGGUCAGGAUCUAACGCGGGUCUCUGGCGCUGUAAGGCAGCAACUCUUCCACUGUGCCACCCCCAAACAUUGCGAUUACUGUUGAAAUAUUUUGCUUCCUCUCCCCUUUACUCUUUCCUCUGAUGUCUUUAAAUCUCUGUCCCUUUUUUGACUGCUCCAGGCCCUCAUAAUUUUAUGCACCUCAAUUAAGUUGUAGGAUUAUAGAAGGACGCAAAGUGCUGGAGUAACUCAGCGGGUCAGACAAAAUCUCUGGAUGCCUUAGGUUGGGAACA